AAAAUGUCGAGGGGAAAGGUCCAUCCCGAAACAGUAAGCUCUCAGCAGCCAGACAAGACAGAGACUGCACAAGAAGGCUCCAGACUAAUUUUUGGGAUACAUCAAGAAAGUCUUGGACGCAAGAAGAAACGCAACAAUCUUGCCCUUGAAGAGUCUAAUUCUCACUCUGACUCCUAUAAUGAAAUUGUCGAUGGUAUUCAUGAUAUGAAUAGAGGAGACACUAAACGCCAACUCUUGCAGAAACCAGAGAAAGAUGAGUCAAAACGAAUUCAUAAUAGGCGAACGAUGAAAGAAAGUGAGCCUUGCCACGAAGAGGAUAAUUCUCUUGUGAGCAGAGAUGAGUUCAAAAGAGUUGCAACUUUACAAAAUGGGAAUAAUUUUAAAAAUCAAAGAGAGUUUAAAAGCCAAUUGUUACUACCUAAUGCCGGUAAAAAUAGCAAAUCGAAAGAUAGUAACGAUGAUCCUGAGGAAGUGCUCAGCAAAAUAGAACCUCCUCCAACUUUGAAAGCAGCUGAGGAAAACUCUAAAGAAAGCGACAAUAAUUCUGAGAUGGAAGAUGGUCAUAUAGAAUUUAAAGCCAAAAGCAGACCUCCCAAGAAGAAGUGAUUUUGGAGACAAUUAGACCAGGGAAAGAUAAAAUGGGACCUGUUCAUCAUGUUGUUGGCUACUAUCAACUGCUUCCAGGUGCCUUACUCUGUGGCCUUUACAGAUAUAGAUAAUAGCUAUAUAUGGCUAGACUUCCUUAACAUUAUGAUUGAUUUUACAUUUGUACUUGAUGUGGUGAUUAGUUUCAGAACUUCAGUCAUUAUAGAAUCGACUGCCCAAGAAAUAUAUGAUAAUAAAAAGAUCGCUAUGAAUUAUUUAAAAGGGAGAUUCUGGAUCGACUUCCCAGCCUCUAUCCCCUUCGAUCUCUUUACAUACAUAUUUUCUGGGUUGAGAAGCAACCAACUGGCUCUUCAAAUGAUAGGUUUACUAAAAUUGGUGAGGAUCUUGAGACUAUCCAGGCUCAUUACAUAUUUAAACGUUAAAAGUGAACUUAAAAUGUCAUUAAAGCUGGUUAAGUUGAUCUUCUUCUUGAUACUGUUUCUUCAUUGUCUUGCAUGAAUAUGGUUCUUCAUAGUUAAACAGAAUGAGGAAUGGAUGCCUCCUCUGGAUUACGUCUGGGUAGAGACUGGAUUGUAUAAUUCAGGCUCUUUCCAUCAAUAUUUAAAUGCACUUUACCAUGCAAUUUUGAUGCUAGGAGGAAACGAUGUUGGACCACGAGGAAAUUUCCAACUAAUAUUUGUCUGCGUCACUUUGCUUACAGGAGCUAUUAUUAAUGCUAAUAUCUUCGGUAACAUGGCUGUAAUUCUUCAAUCCUUGAAUAAAAAGGCAACAAACUUUCAAGAGAAGUUGGAUAAUGCAAAUGAAACUAUGAAAAAUUUAAGGAUCCCAAGAUUGUUACAAGAAGAAAUUAAGGAUUAUUUUACCUUCACUCAGAAUACCCAGGACCAUCAGAGUGAACUGAAGAUCUUUAUGUCCACUCUCUCCCCAAGCUUGAGGCAGAAGGUUAUCUCUUCAAUAUUCAAAAGUGUUUUGGAUAAGAAUCCUAUUUUUAACCAACACAGCGCAGUUAUUAAUCAAAUUCUUGGAACAAUGGAGACCUGCCUUUUCUUACCAGAGAAUAAAAUCAUCACUCAAAACCAGGAAGGAGACAUGAUGUACUUCAUUGCUCAUGGACAAUGUGAUGUAACCGUCUUGACUGAGAAGCAGAAGGAAGUUCAUGUCUCCACCAUAAAUGAAGGAGACUUCUUCGGAGAAGUUGCUUUGAUCAAAAAGUGUAAGAGAACUGCUUCUGUAAUCAGUAAAAAUUAUACAACCCUAGCUUCAUUCCACGAAAAUGACUUUGACUCGUUAAUUGAGGAGUAUCCAUUCAUUAAGCAGAAAAUGGAGCGGAAAAUGAUUGAUGAGUACACAGAUCCAUGGAAGAAAUUCGUCAAGAAAGUGCUCAGAAACAUUGACUAUCUUAGCUACUGAGUCUCUGAUGAGACAAUAGAAGAAAUAGUUUAUCUUUGUGAACCGAUUACUGUUAGCGAGAAUACCCAAUUAUUCAGAGCUGGUAGUAAUUGCAACGAUAUCUAUAUCAUCAGUGAUGGACAGCUAGAGGUGAGUGUUCACAACUCAAAUACUGAGACUAUCCUAGAUACGCUGCAUAUUGGCAGCUCUAUCGGUGCUUACUGCUCUUUGGUAAAUGAGGUCUAUUCAAUUUCUGGGAAAUCCAAAACAACCUUAAAAUUGCUUAAAUUACCUAUCAAAAAACUAUUUGCCAUGCGCGAGCAAGUUGAAGACCUAGACUACACAAUGAUGGAGUACGAACGUUACGUUGACGAGAAUGGCUUACCUUACUGUGACUACAGGAUUUAUAGACACGGCCAUUUAAAGCUCAAGCCUAUGGAGAAGUUCAGAAUUGGCAUAAGAAGAAUUAUGAAUAUUAUCAGGUCCUAUAAGUCCCUGGAUCUCAGGGGGCUUCUUGAGAAAGUUCGAACUGAGUUAAAAUAAGAAGAAGGCUGAUGAAGAGAAUCGUAGAAAAUCCGCUCUCCUUCGAGGAAAUCCAAUGAAGCCAGAACAGAAAGCAGAGGAGUAUUAUUAUUCAUUAAAAUAACGAAAUGAAGCAUGUACAGACUUGUGUUGCCAAUCAGAACCAAGAGAUGAAUAAUUUCCAGAGUAAAAUGAUUAAGCAGAUGCAGAACAUUCAAAGACUCAUAAAAGGAGAGUCUGAGUUAAUAGAGAGUAGUAACAGCGAAGAAUCUAAACAUGGAAGUGCGUUUAACAACGUGUCAACUGACCCUCGCAGACAUAGAAUUGGUAGAGGUAAAAAUAGACACCCUACAGGUUUAGUGCAUUUAGAUCAUCCUAACGUUAGGAAGUCAUGCAUUGGGGUUCUUCCAAAGCUUGGGUCACGAAAGAGUGUUGCCCCUAUGAUUCCAGCUAACUUUCAGGACCCCAUCUCUAUGCCAAAGAAGUUUAAAGCAGAAGAGAAGAGGGCUAAAAUGAAAAAGAAAAGUAAAAGUUAUAAAGAAGACGUGGUCAGAGGACAUCCAAAUCUAGCCGAACGGGAAGAGACUAAAGAAGAGUUAAAUUCUCAUAAAUAAAAAUAAGAUAGUCGUUCUUAAUGUUGAAGAUGAGGAGAAAGAUAAAAUCAAAUAUUUAAGCAAAGAUUCUUCUCUAGAGAAGGAUCAGUCGAGGGGAGAGAUGACUGAGAUACCCCUAGCAAUGCGAAAAAGAAGUACGUUGAUAGAAACCCCAGACAGCAUGAUUCAUUCAGAGAAUAAACUCUUUCAUAAUUCUAUGAAAAUGGAGAGUUCUGGGUUAAAACAUAGAAAAUUUGGGAACAAAUUGCGAAAGAAUCAGAAAAGUUUUGAAAAGGGGAGUGCAACCAGACUAGAUAUUCCAAAAAGUAAUCUUUAAAUUAUCAUAUUUUAUAAUCAA